CACUAUUGUCCGAGCAAAAUGACUAUAAUGAAUGCUCAAUCCACGGACAAAAGAAUAUGGCUGAAAGACCAAUGCAGCAAAACAAUGCGAAUAGCAUGCUGAUUGUCAGCAGAUAACUUCAUUUGUUCAUAUGAGUUGUCAAUAACAACAAAAUGCGGUAGUUUAGCGAGAAGCGGAAAUUUAUCACAACUCUAGAGAGAGUCAAUCGCCGUGCAAACAAACAUGGGAAUUUGCCAUUCGUCAAAGCCUCCACCAAGAGCUCACUGCCGCAUGAGAGGUCCAGAUACUCCACCGAGUAGUCAUCAUAGCGAUAGUGAUGAUGACGAUCACUCAAGCCAUCACUCAAAUCAUAGUAAUCAUGACGAUCACACAAGCCAUCAUUCAGAUCAUAACGAGGAGGUCAAGUCAUUACAUUCCAUUCACUCGACGCAUUCCUGAUCAUGUCGAACAAAUCGUUGAAGACCAAGGAAUUAUUAGUCUAUUUUCGGUUGUAAAUGUGAAAUAAUUUAUAACACACAAUAUGCAUUGACACAACAAUUAAUUGUAGCACGAAAUGUCUAAAUGUAUGGAUUUUUGAAAUGCUUUUGUAGAAGAAUAUCCAUUUCGUUUUUUGAAAAAAGCUCUGUUCGAAGCUUCUUUGAUAUAUUUUUAAUCAAAAUUCUAAUCUUCGUUAGAUUUCUUAAUCUAGCUUCAUUGCCUGCCUAAUUCUGGCUUCACUGAAGUGUUGGGAGAGGCAGAAACGGAUUUUAAAGGCAAGGAUUGGAAGAGGGGGUAUUAGAUAAUGAUAAGAUUUUUGUACCACACUCUUCAGUUGCCUAGAAAAUGAGGAGAAGGCCCACCUUUUCAAUUGCAUUUUAACUAAAAGAUAAAGUAGAUAGGAAGGUAAAUGAACUAAAACUUUUACAACAUUUAAUUGCUAUUGACACACCCCCACACCCCCGGUAAGUCAUUGCCUGGGUAGAGGACACGAUGGGCAUGACUGUUUUCUUUAUGAAUGCAAUCAGUGGAUGAGUUUGUUGUUUGCACUGCUCUCUUUGAAGCGUCACAAAACCUUACUUUUCGAAGGACUGACAGUAAAGUCGUUACCCAAAAGUGCUGCAGUUAAACAGGAACCUUACCACCUACUUUUGUGUUAUUUCUAAUUGACGACUUAGAAUAAUCAGUGCCGCGGCAAAAGGCCAAUUAUUGGGAGGGACCGCACAAUGUUAUUUCAAAAUCCCCUUUUUGCCCCUCGAGAAGUUAAUGAUAUUAAUGAGUAACUUCUUCUCCUUGAAGCUAAGGAAUUAUUACAGUUUUUCAAGCACAUUUAGCUGGGUUGCUGGUUUUUUGCAAAGCUCAGAAUGUGAAUGUCAAAUUAUAUUUUACGAUCUAUAGUUCCGAAAAGCAAAUUUACAGAUCUUAGAUAUUUCUUGAACGGAAAUACUGUGUCCUAUGAUAUUUAUUACAUCUUUAUAAUGAGAAGACCAUAAAAUUCUUCUAGGUUUACUACCAUUCAAUUCUGACAAAGCCAUUCGAGGGUACUGGUGUUUGUCUUUUUUCCAAAACUUUAAUUAGUUGCGGUAGGCUUUUUUAAGAAUCUUUUACCUGCGUUUUAUACAUGGGAAGUCUCUUGGAUCAACUAAAACAGGUCAUUGAUGUAGAAGUUGAAAAGAAUAGUACCUAAGACUGGUCCUUGGGGUAUUUUUGAUAUAACAGAUUAAAAAUUGGUGUAAACAACAUCUAUUCAAGCCUAUUUAGAGGUGAAAUUUUUUCUUCUUUAAGGACUCAUUGCUAACAAUGAGCCAUUGCGCUACGCAAGCAUCCCAUAAUGCAUUUUUAGACAGUCUGAAAUCAAUUUUGGUUAAUCCGUAGAAGUUUACUGCGAUUGUUUGGUCUCCGUUUUGGUCAAAUACAGUCUUCAUUUUACAGUCGCCAAAAAAAAAGUCAGAUUUUUUCUAUCAAUAGUUUUCUACUUUUUUCAUGGCUGCAAACUUGUCGAUUAUCUCUUCAUAGUCGAUUUCAGUGCUCCUGCAGAGAUUCAGGGUCAUCAGGUUUGACAAGCGAUCAUUAUCCGCGCAUGGACGGAAGCAGUUUUUUAUUAACUUCCUUCUGCUAAACGAGCAUUCUUCGCAAGCUGAGAACACUGGUAGACAGACACAGAUUUGAAGCAGCGUAGAGAAGUUGGCGCUAUGGGGUGUCAUGGGGGAGGGCAGCUGCCCCCCCCCCCCUCCCGAAAAUUCCCAAUUACACCCCGUCGGCAGCCCAAUUUAAGAAAAGAAAAAGAAAGAACUUUCAAAGAACGGACUUAACCUUUUUUAAAAGAAUCAUUAUUAAACUAAAGUUCAGGCUGGUAUUUUGACAUUCAGUAAAAACAGUAUUUAUAUCACCCGCAUGAAUCUAAAAUUUCGCAGUAAGCUUGAACUAGAAAGAAAGGUUAUUUUCCUGAAGAAACCAACAAAAUUAGUCGAAUUAGGGAAAGCUCAAAAUAUCGAGGAUUUUCGUGAGGGUUUUUUAGGAGAUUUUCAAGGGCCUGCGAAUUUUGUUCGAAUUAGUAUGGAAAGUUCGAAUCAGACAGAGCUGACUCUAUUUAGACUAUUUCUACAUAUUAUAUUGAUUUCUUGCCAAUAUUUAUAGCUGAAUGGUUGAUCAUGUGAAAAAAUUGAAUAUGAAAAGAUAUACCUUGAUGAAGUGUCGAUAAGAUGACACUGUCGUCAAUUUCCCACCUUAUCAGAAGGGCUGCCUCCUUGAGAAAGGGUACCAUUUUGGCCUAUUACGAAAAAUGGAGAGUACGGAGAAUGUUACCAUAAAACAAGAGUCGAUAGAUUUGGUUGACCUAGAAGCAAAGAUUGUUGAGCUGUGUAGAGUCAAUCCAAAUGGAAUUCCAGAUGCUUUGGUUCAGCAAGGACUUCCUGGAAUACCGCCCAGACAGAGAGUAACUGCUAUUAAUCGUCUACUUUCAACCGGGCAAAUAGAGCUCCUAAAAAGUGGAAGCACACUGCUUUACAAAUUCAAGGACAGUCAGGCAGCUAGUAAGACUAAGGGCUUUGAAUCGGAAGAAAAGUUAAUUUAUCAAAUAAUAGAAGAUUCUAAAAAUAAGGGAAUAUGGGUCAGGGAUAUACGAUUCAAAUGCAAUCUGCAAAUGACACAAGUGACGAAGAUCGUGAAAAGUCUAGAAAGCAAGAAGCUUAUAAAAGCAGUCAGUUCAGUGGCAGCAGGAAAAAAGAAAGUUUACAUGCUUUAUAAUUUAGAACCAGAUUCAUCAGUAACUGGUGGAGCGUGGUUUAGUGACCAAGAUUUUGAGUCAGAGUUUGUUGAUGUUCUCAAUCAGCAGUGCUACAAAUUUUUACAACAGAAAAGACAAAAAGUUGAAGAAAUGCAGAUAGACCCUCUUGCAAAGCAAAAUGCAUCAUUUGCAUCACCUGGUGAGGUUUUAAAGUAUAUAUCUGAGCUAGGAAUAAGCAAAGUAGCCCUUUCCACAAAGGAUAUAGAGACCAUUCUAAAUACACUGGUUUUUGAUGGUCAAGUAGAAAAGACUGUUGUUUUGGACAAUACUGGCUCAGGUGUACAACAGAAGAAACUUUUUAAAGCAAUGAAGCCCAUUUUACCUGUUGCUGGGUUAAUGAGGGUGCCAUGUGGUGUCUGUCCUGUUGUAAAUGACUGUCAUGAAGGUGGGAAGAUAUCACCUAAUAAUUGUAUUUAUCUCAAAGAAUGGAUGGACUUUUAAUAUUUUUGCCUAGCAUCAUUAAGAUUGAAAAUUAUGUUUAUAUUGUUUCA